ACAAAAAGAACCAAGACUCAACUCGAGAGAGAUCGCAUCUACCCACCUUCCAUUCUUCCUCGCCUCAGCGACGCGGCAACCCCGAGACCGAGCAAGCUAGACAGGGAGACCGAGCUCAGAGGAAGAGCAAGAUGUCGUCGGUGUUCAGCGGCGAUGAGACGGCCCCCUUCUUCGGCUUCCUCGGCGCCGCUGCUGCCCUCGUCUUCUCAUGCAUGGGGGCGGCCUACGGGACAGCGAAGAGCGGUGUGGGCGUGGCGUCGAUGGGUGUGAUGCGGCCCGAGCUCGUCAUGAAGUCCAUCGUGCCCGUCGUCAUGGCUGGUGUGCUCGGUAUCUACGGCCUCAUCAUCGCCGUCAUCAUCAGCACCGGGAUCAACCCCAAGGCCAAGCCGUACUACCUCUUCGACGGGUACGCGCACCUCUCGUCGGGGCUCGCCUGUGGCCUUGCUGGGCUCGCCGCUGGGAUGGCCAUCGGCAUCGUCGGUGAUGCUGGAGUCAGGGCAAAUGCGCAACAGCCAAAAUUAUUCGUGGGCAUGAUCCUCAUCCUCAUUUUCGCUGAAGCGCUUGCUCUCUAUGGUCUCAUCGUGGGCAUCAUCCUCUCCUCGCGUGCUGGCCAAUCCCGUGCUGAUUAGGCACGUGCAUUCUACAAUCACUGCACUGUUUAUUAUGUUAUUUUGAGGGAAGCUGAAACUCAGGGGUUUUUGUCUAGUCUAUUCUUGUGACCAUGUAUUAAGGAAACAUUUAUAGCUGAAGGCACUUCCAGGCAUGUUCGUUUUGGUGGUUGCUGUUUACUGUCAAGCAGAGGUUAUGUUUUUUGGGUUAAGGCUGGCUGGAUGCUCCUGGACAAAGUGGCUUUAAUCUUAUUCUUGGUGAAUAAAAAACACAGAAUUGUAGCCAAAUAAUAAUGUGAUAUACAUAUAUCUUCAAUGUGUUCUCUA